GUUUUAAAUACAUCAUCACUAUAAUUCUUUCAAAGCCUAACAGAUUAAUUCUGCAAAAAUGGCAGCAAAAUUGGUCAUAUCUUCUCCUCUCAGCCCACUUUCCACUAAACUAUUUUCUUCCUCUUUUCAACCUCAACCUUCGUUCGCAUCAAAAACUAGGAAAACCCAGUUCAGAAUUUCUGCAAUAGGGGAAGGAGAGAAUGAGCUCAAGAAAGGAGGGAAGAAGAAAUUUAUCACCAAAGAAGAGGAACCAGAACAGUAUUGGCAAACAGCAGGCGAAAGGGAAGGCGAAAAUCCCAUGAAGACGCCACUUCCUUAUAUCAUUAUAUUUGGCAUGUCGACGCCUUUUGUUAUUUUAGCAAUUGCUUUUGCUAAUGGUUGGGUUAAAGUUCCAGUUCGAUGAUUUGUAAAUGAUAAAAGAAUGAGCAGUGCAGCUAACACUGAGUAACUUGCUUUUUGAAUCUGUUAUUUCAGUUCUGUAAUUUACGAACCAUCUGUUUUAUAUACAGUUGACUUGGUAUUUUUGUCAUUUUAGCAAAAAUUAUAUUAAAUUUCUCACUAUUACGAA